AUGUCUCCUCAUCCUGGUCUUUGGCGACAGGGGGAGAAUCUCGUGUGCCGCCUCCACAAAUCUCUCUAUGGACUGAAACAAGCUUCUCGACUGUGGUUUGCCAAGUUUACUGAAGCCAUCCUUGCUGCUGGUUUUAUCCAGUCAAAGGCCGAUUAUUCUCUCUUCACCUGCAAAGAUGGCAAGUCUUUUACAGCAUUAUUAAUUUAUGUUGAUGAUAUUCUAAUUACAAGAAAUGAUAUUGAUGCCAUUAAUUCUCUCAAAAGUUUUCUACACACCUGUUUCCAUAUCAAAGACUUAGGCGAUUUGAAAUAUUUUUUGGGUAUUGAAGUAUCCCGAUCCAAGAAAGGCAUUUAUGUUUCACAAAGAAAAUAUGCACUUGAGAUACUCAAAGAUUAUGGGUUCUUAGGUGCUCGACCAAUUGACUUUCCAAUUGAGGAAGCCAAGCUUUCUGACAAAGGUGAACUACUCAAAGAUCCCGAAAAAUACAGACGAUUGGUGGGACAACUCCUUUAUCUAACUAUUACCCGACCAGACUUCACUUAUUCGGUACAUGUCCUAAGCCGUUUCAUGCACCAGCCACGAUUACCUCACAUGGAUGCUGCUCUUCGGGUUGUUCGAUAUCUCAAGUCUACUCCAGGUCAAGGUUUGCCUUUUCAGUCCGAUAACAAGUUAGAUUUAAUUGCUUAUUGUGAUUCGGAUUGGGCUGGUUGUCCCAUAACCCGCCGUUCAACUAUUGGAUAUUGUGUAUUCUUGGAAGCCGAAUAUAGGGCCAUGGCAAGCACCUGUUGUGAGGUUACUUGGUUACGUUUUCUGUUGCAAGAUUUUCACUUGCCAUCUUCAGAAGCAUCUCGUAUGUAUUGUGAUAAUCAGGCGGCAUUACAUAUAGCAGCAAAUCUAGUCUUCCAUGAGAGAACACGACAUAUUGAGAUGGAUUGUCAUUUUACUCGUGACAAAAUACUUGAUGGUACUGUUUCUACAUGGCAUGUGAAUUCUUCGCAACAACUAGCUGAUACAUUUACGAAACCUUUGGGCAAGGAGAAGUUUUCAGCUAUGUUACGCAAGUUGGGCGUUCUUGACAUUCACUCUCCAACUUGA